CUCAGCCAGACGCCAUUUUGGAGGAAAGUUUGGGAUCCGUGGGAGCUGCAGGCUGCAGGAGCGGAGCAGGAGGAGCGGAAGGAGCAGACAGGAGCACCGCUCCACUCGGGACGCUGGACACGCGUGCGGCUCUCAGGCGGCGGCUCCCGGCGCCGUAAAGCGUGCGGGGCGGUGCGGGACCAGAGUCCGGAGCGCCUCCUCCGGGCUGGACUCCGAACUUUGUCCCGGGUUUCCUGGAAGGAGGUGCGGAGCUCCGGGGCGGCUCGGUCUCCUCCUCUGCAGCCGGAGCCGGAGCGGCGGCGGCGGGCAGCUCCUCCCCGCCUGGCCGGAACUGGGUGUGUUUCCUCGGACUUUGGCGCAGAGCGGAUCCCGGAUCCGGGCUGCUGGAGCCGGACUGCCUCCUCCACCGGCGUCUGCCCCCCGGCCAGGGAGCCUCUGAGGCGGGGAGUGCGGCAGCGAGAGUCCGGGUCCCCCCCCCCCCCUCCGGGGAUCGUAGCUUCCUGCGUGGUUCCGUCCCGGUCCGGUACCGGGUCGGUUCUGGGUGGAUCUGGGACGGGUCGGGAAGUUUGUCCGGUUCCGACCAACUUGGCGCCGUAGCGGAGGCGUUUUCUCCGGUGUCCCGGGAUCUUACGGCGGGACAGCGAGCCCCGUGGGGGACCGUGUAUGUGUCGCUGUGAGCUCCGGACCGAACCGAACCGAGCCCGAACAUGCCCGUCAGGAAGAAAGACGCCCAGAGGGCCCUCCUCCUCCUCCAGGAGUACCGCACCAAGCUGAACCUCACUGAGGACCGCCAGCUGCGUCUCUCCAUCCAGCGCGUCAUCGACAUCUUCCAGAGCAACCUCUUCCAGGCCCUCAUAGACAUCCAGGAAUUCUACGAAGUGACCUUAUUGGACAGCCAGAGGUGGGCGGAGUCUACCAAGGGGGCGGAGCCCGGCGUGCCCCUCAACCUGUGGGACUUCUCGAGCCUCCAGAGCCCGACCGGAACCUCGGAGACGCUGCCCAGCCUUAGCACCAGCAUCGAGGAGUCCCCCCUCCUUAACGAAAUCCUGCACACCUUGGCGAGGGCCAAGCUGCCCCCCCGCCGUGACGGACAGAAGUACCGGCACCACGAUGAGGACUCGUCUCCCCAGGAGCAGAGCUCGCCCCCCCUCACGGAGGAGGCCGGCGGGCCGGAGCUGGUCCAGGUGGCCGAGAAGAACCUGUCGCAGAUCGAGAACGUGCACGGAUACGUCACCCACGCCCACAUCUCGCCCAUGAAGGUAGCGUCCCUGGAGUGCAUCUUUGACGGCUCCUCGUUAGGACACUUCCACUCGGAGCUCCCCUCCCCCACGCCCUCCACCCUCUACCCCCACGGAGAGGACAGCCCCCUCCCCUCCUGUUCGUCCAACCCCUACCCCCCGAUCCAGCAGGCAGAGGCCCCCCCGCCCUCCUCUCCCAUAAUCCCCGUGAUCCCCAUCUCGCCAAUCCCAGCUGAGACCACCGCCAUCCCUCCGACGUCACAGGCCAAUCCUCCGCCUGUGGUGGUCAACACGGACAGCCUGGACACGCCUCCAUACGUGAACGGGACGGAGGCUGAAUACGAGUACGAGGAGAUCACGUUGGAGCGGGGAAACUCUGGGCUGGGCUUCAGCAUCGCAGGAGGUACAGAUAACCCCCACAUCGGUGAAGACCCCAGCAUCUUCAUCACCAAAGUCAUUCCUGGAGGAGCAGCGGCUCAGGACGGACGGCUCAGGGUGAACGACGUCAUCCUGAGGGUGAACGAGGUGGACGUCCGGGACGUGACCCACAGCCGGGCCGUGGAGGCGCUGAAGGAGGCGGGCUCUCUGGUGCGGCUCUACAUCCGCAGGAGGAAGCCGGUCUCAGAGAAGGUGAUGGAGCUGAAGCUGGUGAAAGGACCCAAGGGUCUGGGCUUCAGCAUCGCGGGGGGGGUGGGCAACCAGCACAUCCCGGGGGACAACAGCAUCUACGUCACCAAGAUCAUCGAGGGCGGCGCCGCUCAGAAGGACGGGAGGCUGCAGAUCGGAGACAAGCUGCUGGCGGUGAACAGCGUCUGUCUGGAGGAGGUGACCCACGAGCACGCCGUCACUGCCUUGAAAAACACUCCUGACGUGGUCUACUUGAAAGUGGCAAAACCCAACAGUGUCUUCAUGAACGACAGCUUCGCCCCGCCGGACCUGACCAACUCCUACACGCAGCACAUGGAGAACCAUAUCAGCCCCCCCAACUUCCUGGCCCAGACCCUCCCCCCGCCGGCCUCAUCGGGCCGCUACUCGCCGACGCCCAAGAGCAUGCUGGGAGAAGAGGACGUGACGCGCGAGCCCAGGAAGGUGGUUCUGCACCGCGGCGCCACGGGCCUGGGCUUCAACAUCGUGGGCGGCGAGGACGGCGAGGGCAUCUUCAUCUCCUUCAUCCUGGCCGGCGGCCCGGCCGACCUGAGCGGCGAGCUGAGGAAAGGAGACCGGCUGGUGUCUGUGAACGGCGUGGACCUGCGCAACGCCACGCACGAGCAGGCCGCCGCCGCCCUGAAGAACGCCGGGCAGACGGUGACCAUCGUGGCGCACUACAGGCCAGAGGAGUACAGCCGCUUCGAGGCCAAGAUCCACGACCUGCGGGAGCAGAUGAUGAACAGCAGCAUCAGCUCCGGCUCCGGCUCGCUGCGCACCAGCCAGAAGAGGUCCCUCUACGUCAGGGCUCUGUUCGACUACGACAAGACGCGGGACUCGGGUCUGCCGAGCCAGGGCCUGAACUUCCGCUUCGGAGACAUCCUCCACGUGGUGAACGCCUCCGACGACGAGUGGUGGCAGGCCAGGCUUCUGGAGGAGGUGGGAGUGAUCCCCAGCAAGAGACGGGUGGAGAAGAAGGAGCGCGCCCGGUUAAAGACGGUGAAGUUCAACGCCAAGUCCAAAGACCGAGGGCCGUCCGUCAGUGACAAGCGUAAAAAGAACCUCUUUACCCGAAAGUUUCCUUUCUACAAGAGCAAAGAGCCCGGCGAGCAGGAGACCAGCGACGCCGACCAACAUGUGACGUCUAACGCCAGUGAUAGUGAAAGUAGCUACCGUGGACAGGACGAGUACAUCUUGUCCUAUGAGCCCGUCGUUCAGCAGGAAGUGAGCUACAGCCGACCCGUCAUCAUCCUCGGACCCAUGAAGGACCGGAUCAACGACGACCUGAUCUCAGAGUUCCCUGAUAAGUUCGGCUCCUGCGUCCCACAUACGACCCGGCCCAAACGGGACUACGAGGUGGACGGCAGAGACUACCACUUCGUAGUGUCCAGAGAGCAGAUGGAGAAGGACAUCCAGGAGCACAAGUUCAUCGAGGCGGGCCAGUACAACAACCACCUGUACGGAACCAGCGUGCAGUCGGUCCGAGAAGUGGCCGAGAAGGUACGGAACCAGCGUGCAGUCGGUCCGAGAAGUGGCCGAGAAGGGCAAGCACUGCAUCCUGGACGUGUCGGGCAACGCCAUCAAGAGGCUCCAGCUGGCUCUGCUGCACCCCAUCGCCAUCUUCAUCAAACCCAAAUCCGUGGAGAACAUCAUGGAGAUGAACAAACGUCUGUCGGAGGAGCAGGGCAAGAAAACCUUCGACCGCGCCGCCAAGCUGGAGACCGAGUUCACCGAACAUUUCACAGCCAUCGUUCAGGGCGACACGCUGGAGGAGAUCUACGACCAGGUGAAGCAGAUCAUCGAGGACCAGUCGGGUCCCGUCAUCUGGGUUCUGUCCAAGGAGAAGUUAUGAGGCUCGGCGCCAUCUUCCUCUCUCCUCCUCUUCAUCACUUUGUUAUUGUUUUGGAACGAAGAGCGGACCCGCAGACGGCAGCCUCCAUCCCUGCAUCCAUCCAUCGCCCCGCCCCCACCUCCACGCCGCUCGUUAGGCCCCAUCCAGAAGCACACAGGAAGUGACAUCACACUCGGCACGGUACAGCUCCUUAAUGUUUAAGGACGAAGGACUUCAGUGGAGAGGAAGAGGAGUUCAGAAACGUACGAAGCAGAUUUUAUCCUUUGUUCUUUUGUGGGUUUUUUCCAGCCGGAUCGUCUGGAAUCAGAGACACAAGAAGCAAAACUUUGCACGUUUGAGCUUUAACAGCAUGUCGGUUCCGACCCGUUUCUUUCCCAUCAGCCCCUUCACCUCAGCGUCUGACAUCACAGCUUCUCUCACAACCUUUCUUUGAUUUUUACUUUUCAUUUUUAUUGAUUCAUGUUUAGUUUUUUUUAACAUUUUCUGCUCCUCGCUGCUGGGGGAUGUCUGUCAGGCGGCUGCAGGUUCACCGCUCGGCCACCAGAGGGCGCCAGACCGCUGCUGAUCCUGAAUGAUCAGUUUUCAGUCAGAAACAUAAUUUACAUGAAAAAAGGCAGAAACAGAAAUUACUGCCAGUCAGUAAUGUACUAUUGAUUUGACUAAAAUUCCUUUAGACUAAAAUACACCAAAAAAACUUUUUAAAUUAACUUUUGUGCCAAAAAAAA